AUGUCUGGCUAUGACGCUCGGGAGGGAGACUGUUGUUCCCGGAGAUGCGGAGCACAGGACAAGGAGCACCCAAGACACCUGAUCCCAGAACUUUGCAAACAGUUUUACCAUUUGGGCUAGGUCAUUGGGACUGGAGGAGGAAUUAGCUUGAAGCAUGGCGAUGAAAUCUACAUUGCUCCUUCAGGAGUGCAAAAGGAGCGAAUUCAGCCUGAAGACAUGUUUGUUUGUGAUAUAAUUGAAAAGGACAUAAGUGGACCUUCGCCAUCUAAGAAGCUAAAAAAAAGCCAGUGUACUCCUCUUUUCACAAAUGCUUACACAAUGAGAGGAGCAGGUGCAGUGAUUCAUACCCACUCUAAAGCUGCUGUGAUGGCCACACUUCUCUUUCCAGGACGGGAUUUUAAAAUUACACAUCAGGAAAUGAUAAAAGGAAUAAAGAAAUGUACUUCCGGAGGGUAUUAUAGAUAUGAUGAUAUGUUAGUGGUACCCAUUAUUGAGAAUACACCUGAGGAGAAAGACCUCAAAGAUAGAAUGGCUCACGCAAUGAAUGAAUACCCAGACUCCUGUGCAGUACUGGUCAGAUGUCAUGCAGUAUAUAUGUGGGGGGAAACAUGGGAGAAGGCCAAAACCAUGUGUGAGUGUUAUGACUAUUUAUUUGAUAUUGCCGUAUCAAUGAAGAAAGUAGGACUUGAUCCUUCACAGCUCCCAGUUGGAGAAAAUGUAAUGGUCUAAGCCAAAAGAUAGUCUAAUUAUAUACAGAGAUAAAGCUAAAUGUAAUCAUUAUUUAAAUGAAAGCUAUUUUUUUAAAUGAAUUGAAAUUUUUCAUGAUGCUACUAAUUUGCCACUAAAUACUGCAAAUGGUCACCCUGAAUCUCUUCUGACAUUGGAUGUUAUUUGCUUAUAUUCUUAUCAUUUUAAA